GCGGCUGCUGUCCCUCUGCAGAGGGCUGCGCGCUCGGCGGCCUCAAGGCUCCCGGCAGCCCCCGCCGUGCGAUGCGACCUCUGGUGCUGGGCCGGCCAGGGACUCCCGCGCUUGGGGUUGAUCUGUGAAUAAAGGAAAAUCUUAUCCAGUAAAGAGCUUUCCUGAGAAAAUUAAAGAGAAAAAUUACAAGCAACGGAGAAAGGAGGCAUUUGUGUCCAGAAGAAGCUCCAGAAACAAGUGCCUGAAGGCGCCUGGAAGAAACCCAACUUAGUGUGAUGUUUUGCCCACCUUUUUUCAUAAAAGGCCUCUGAAGAGAGAGGACAGUUUGUAGAGGAUAAAAGGGGGUAGUAUAAAAAUGGAGACCACAGUUUCUGAAAUUCAAAUAGAAAAUAAGGAGGAGAAGGGGGCAGCAGAAGUUAGUCCUCUGGAAGAGAGGCGGGAAAGAAAAACAGCUACACUUUGCUUCAAAAGAAGGAAGAAAGCAGCCAAGGUGCCCAAGCCCAAAACUGGCUCUGAGGCUGCUGAGGUGGCCAGGAAGUGUCCCCCAGAAGCGGGGGCUUCCGAUCAGCCACAGCAGCCAGCAGGGGCCUGGGCCUCCAUCAAAUGUCUCAUGACACACAGGAAAAGGUCAGAUUCUUCAAAGAAGCGUAAAACAUUUGAGGCUGAAGUGCACACUGAAAUAAAGCCUGAUGAUGCGGCUCUUUCUAAGAAAAAGGCAAAAUCCAGGAGUAAGAUUCCCUGCCUAAGAUUCUCAAGAGGGGCACAGAAGAGUCAUCACUACAAGCUUUCAGAAGACUCAGACUACAACAUCAGAGUCCAGGGAGAAACUGAAGGUUUGGAGAUACAAACUCAGACCCAGUUGGCUGACCAGGCAAUACCAGCUAAGUCCACCCAGGACCUACAGAAAGGUGUGUCAGUGGAAGAUGGUAAGGAGGUCUGUAAAUCACAUGUAAACAACAAUAUCACAUCUGGAGAGAAUGUGAUUUCCGUUGAGCUUGAAUUAGAAAAUGAGCAUUCUGCUAUUCAGACAGGAACUCCCAUGCUUGAAAAGGAUGCUGAAGUGAUCCAGGAAAAACAAAAUGUUCCAGCGGUGCAAACUAGUUGGCUUGAAGGUUCAGAAGCAGAGAACCAGCGCCCAGUGGCUUCUCAUGUUCCUUCCUCACCCACAGUGACUCCUCCUUCACCUGCAGUGAUUCCUCUCUCACCCGCAGUGGUUCCUCCCGCACCCUCAGUGACUCCUCCCUCACCCACAGUGACUCCCCCCUCGCCUGCAGUGAUUCCUCCAUCCCCCACAGUGGCUCCUCCCUCACCCUCAGUGACUCCUCCCUCGCCCACAGUGGUUCCUCCCUCACCCACAGUGACUCCUCCCUCGCCCACAGUGGUUCCUCCCUCACCCACAGUAACUCCUCCCUCACCUGCAGUGGUUCCUCCCUCACCCUCAGUGACCCCGCCCUCACCCACAGUGACUCCUCCCUCGCCCGCAGUGGUUCCUCCUGCACGUACAGUGACUCCUCCCUCACCCACAGUAACUCCUCCCUCACCUGCAGUGGUUCCUCCCUCACCCUCAGUGACCCCGCCCUCACCCGCAGUGACUCCUCCCUCGCCCACAGUGGUUCCUCCUGCACGCACAGUGACUCCUCCCUCACCCACAGUAACUCCUCCCUCACCUGCAGUGGUUCCUCCCUCACCCGCAGUGACCCCGCCUUCACCCGCAGUGGUCCCGCCCUCACCUGCAGUGACCCCGCCCUCACCCACAGUGGUUCCUCCCUCACCCUCAGUGACUCCUCCCUCACCUGCAGUGGUUCCUCCUUCACCCAAAGUGACUCCUCCCUCACCCACAGUGACUCGUCCUUCUCCUGCUGUGGCUCCUCCCACAUCUGCAAUCCCAGAUCAACAAAGCGUGGAGGAAUCCAAUGACGAUGUCAGAGAAAGUGCACCAGAUGGGAAAGAUGAUGAAAGUAGAGAGGGUGCCACUGAAGAGAAUGAACCAGGAGAAACUGCACUGGCCCAGGCAGAGGAAAUUUCACAAAGCCAGGUAGAAGAAAUUGAACUGGCCCAGGCAGAAGAAAUCGCACUAGGCCAGGCACCAGCUUUGAAAGAAAAUGGAGUUGAUGCAGAGAAACCCAGAUCCGAAGAAAGCAAAAGAAUGGAGCCAAUUGCUAUUAUCAUCACAGACACUGAAAUCAGUGAAUUUGAUGUUUCAAAAUCUAAAAAUGUCCCUAAGCAAUUCCUAAUUUCAAUGGAAAAUGAGCAAGUAGGGGUUUUUGCUAAUGAUAGUGAUUUCGAGGGGAGAACUUCAGAACAAUAUGAGGCACUCUUAAUAGAAACAGCUUCUUCUCUCGUCAAGAAUGCUAUCCAGUUGUCUAUAGAACAGCUGGUUAAUGAAUCGGUUUCCGAGGAUAAUCAAGUAAAUACUCUUCUGCAAUGACUGCAUUUCCAGAUCAUGGGAGGAAAAAAAAUCCCUCAAAGAUGAAUUAUUUUAUACAUUUGUGGCACUUCUUAUUCAGUAAUAAGUUCAAGGUCUAUCAUCUGUGGAAUUUAAAGGUAAAAUUCCAGCCCAGAAAUGCUAAAGAAUAAAUGAGGUUUCUAAGUCUGCCACUGAAACACAGUUGCUUCUGGACUGGAGGAAGUCAGCACAGAUCACAGUGCAAAGUGACAUACAGAGAUGCUAAAAUGGCAGGUGAAGGGUGGAGUGCUUUGGAGAAAGAAGCUAUUCAUUGAAAACUUUUGGUAUGAUGUGCUGUUUACUGUUCUCUAAUGUCACAAAGGCUGCUUUCUUUUUGAUAGUUCAACCCUGUGUAAAAAUUAACAUUGCAUUCAGUUUUUCAAAACCUUUUCUUUUACAGUGCAUUUUUUAUGCUGGUUCUAAUGGUGAAUCAGGUGAGUGGUUUUCUAAUCUUGCCUAAUUCCCUUACAAAAGCCAUUCACAAGUUCCUUCAAAUGGGCAGAUGGUUACCAAGUGUACAAGUGUGGAAUCAGUGCAUUUUCCUUCCCCAUCUUCCUUCUGCCCAGCAGACCUGUACAUAUCCACUUCUGCAUGGGCUUAUCUGCUUGAGAAAUUAGAAACAACAACAACAAAACAAAAACCGCAAGACAGAAUAAGGGGUAUAUUACUUUCAUCCAACAAGCAAACUUCCCAGAUGACAAAUGUUUUCUGGAGCAGAAUUACUUCUAAAGGUCCAAGAAAUCACAAUAUUCUAGUGAAAGUAGUAUUUAUGCUUGGCCAAACAUGAGCUAUGUACACAACUGAAUAAAAAGUAAAAAGUUCAUGUUAAAGCACAUAUUUCAACAUCAGUGUUUGUCCAUUGUGCCUGGCCAUGAUCAUGUAGCAUACUUCCCUACUCCACAGGUUAGGGUUCCUGUUGUACAGUCCCUACCCCCUAUUGUCUAAAUUAAGUGAUGGUGUUACCUCUUGAAACAUAUGAUGCACAAACAGCAAGGUGUCUGCUGAAGAGCGUCCUCUUGAGGAAGGAGCACUAGAUGAUUUUAAUUGCUGAGGUGCAUUCUCACUGUGUUUAGGGACUGCAUAUGUAUGUGUGACUUUUUCCUAUACUUUAACUUUGUUGGUCCCUUCUCCCCCCACACCCCUCUUGUAAAUACAUAGUGAUUUCUGAGAGAAAAAACUGACCUGGCUUUGGAAUGUCACCGAAUGAUAGAUGUUAUUAGCAAGAUUCUUGGCUGAGGUGUGGCAAUAUUUUCUCCUGGCUUUCCCAUCUUCAUUCUUCCAAUGGGUGAUGAGGAAUCCUUCAAUUUAGUAAGAUAAAAACAUAUUACCCUCCUUAAUUAAUCAGUCGUGUACCUUUUAGACAUAAAUCCAAAAUUCACUGCUAAAUCAUCUUUGAAAGAACACUUAAUUCACUAUAUAUGGUGCUAACAGACUUGGAUAGCUACCAGCAAAUAUAUUUUAAAAAGGACAGUUUUAAAAACCUGAUUAAAGUUGGUGCAUUUUGCAGUAUUUUAAACACUCUUGUAUUCAUUUACUGGCUCUGAGCCAGUAUACUUACAUAAAAGCUUCUAAUAAUCUCUUAGGAAUGAGCAAAAAGUAUAUAACACAGCGAUUAUUGAUAACAUUUGGAUUUGGUGAUUUUGAAAAAUAGGUGCAAAAAAUGUGAAUUUUUUGGUUAAGAAAGUAACAUUUUUCCAGGUGUGAUGACACAUGCCUUUAAUCCCAGCACUCAGGAAGCAGAAGCAGGUGGAUUUCUGUGAG